AUGUCGUCCUCACGGUCAUCCAGCCCAGAUACUGCUUCUAGGGCAGAUCUCCAACUCCGAGUCGACAUCAGCGCUAAUCCCAACUCGCCCGCCUAUGCACCUGAUAUGGACGAUCUACAGCCCGUGAGUUUCGCGAGAUUGCGAGACUUUAGCAAUUGGAGAGACAGCGAGUUCUUGCUGUAUCGAUGUUUCACUUAUGCCGGAGACGAAGUUCAGAUGAAAGAGUUCAUCCUUGAAGACUUUGAAGAGAUGCAGAAGGCCAUGUCUGCACUGGAAGAUGAUCAUAUACACAUUCUCAACAUAACUUCUCGGAGUAUGUUCCUUCUUUCUUCCAGCGAGCUACGCGAGUUAUCCCAGAGUCUCGACCUCGCACCAUGGAUCACAUGUGGUCCAGAGUACAACGUCCUCAGAGGUCUGGGUCGGAGGCUAUACGGCUCCCACUACGACCUCUGGUUUACCCUUCCACUGGUAGAUGCCAGCAUGCAAGAGUUUACCUAUCCAGAUCAAGAACUUCAUUCUCUACCAGUUGAUUCUUACAAAGGUGUCGCCCAUUUGUCCGAAGACGUAGGCAUGUUGUAUCUAAGCUUCGACAAAAAGACGAGACAAACACGUCUUCUAUACUCGAGCGCAAUCUCCGCUCGUCAAAAGUUAGCAUCUGCUUGUCAGGACGCGGAAGAACUUGGCGUACGGGAUGACCCGUUUACGUUUAUCACGUGCGCUUUGAGUUCAAUUUUACAGGAACAGGGCAUAACUGCACACGCGAUCUCUGCUCUCAUUAGCAAAAUGGAAAACUACAGUAAUUCACUCAGGUUUGAGAUCGCCGAGAAUGAAGAGACAAAGGUGAAAGAGACGGCGAUCCAACUUCGAAAGUCGUUACCAUACCUAGAGAAGAUUUUGGAAUCUGCGAACUGCACGAUUCAGAUCAUCGAGGAUACUAUCAGCGAGCACAGGGACUGUAGAGAACUGCUAUCCAUUCCCAGUCAGCAUUUCCUCCGUGUCGAAAAGAACUUGCAGACUCUCCGCUCACAAGCGAUCUCCUUCAAGAGCUACCAGGACACUCGAAUCAGAAGAAUCAAUGUCUGCUUAUCAACGCUCUCAUCUCUUUUGAGCCUCAGAACAGACAACGCCAUCAAGGCCAAUACUGAAGCAAUGACAAGAUUGACAGAAGCGAAUCGGGAGGACAGCGGUAGGAUGAACGACAUCGCAAUCGCUACGAAGCUUGACAGCGAAGCUAUGAUCACCAUCGCCAAGCUCACCAUGCUGUAUCUCCCGCCGACCUUUAUAGCGACUCUUUUCAGUAUGGGAAUCUUCAAUUUCGACUUUAACGACGGCAAGAAUGGACGUCUUGUCAUGUCUAGCCAAUGGUGGAUGUACAUCAUCUUUGCCAUCCCUCUCACUUUGGGGACAUUUUACUGGUUCAGAGCAGUCACAAGAUCGCACAAGCAGGCGAGCCAGAAAGCAGAACGCGAGGCCAAGCAGCCUGAGUGA